AUGUAUCAACCAUCAUCAUCUCAUAAUCUUUAUCAAAAUGGGCACUAUCCUUAUCCUCAUGAUGAUCAUUCAGUAAAAAGUAAUCGAUUACUACAUAACUACAACUGGAAUCGAACGCUCUCCCAGCAAAUGCAGCCGUCCUUGCCUUCAGCUUCGCCUUAUUAUCCAUCUGCCAUGAACAAAUUAAAUCAUGAUGGAACAUUUCGAUCUAUUCAGCCUCCACCUUCAUUACCAACAUCAUCUUACAUAGCACAACAGCAGUUGGCUUCUCAACCAUCUCUACACUCUUGCAUGCAUGGCUUGUCUUCAAACUCGAUGGCAACUGGGCGAACAGACAAUAUUCCGCAAAGCUUGUAUUAUCCAGGAGGCAUAAGUGAAAUUUACGGUUUUGAAGUAGUUUUAGCCUAUCUUAGCAUAGCGACUGUUGCCCUUUGA